AUGGAGGCCCAAGAACUCACCCACUAUCUCGCCGAUCAGCCGCCCACUGUCGUGAGGCUUGAGAUUGAGAAGCACUUUGAGGCUCUCAACGACAAGCAGAAGCGAUACGCUCACUUCAUCAGCAAAGCUUCCUUUGCAGGCACGAGAAUCGUCUUGCGACAGCUCUCCCCCGAGUCUGAGCCCAUCUACGACCUCAUCGUCUCCCUGCACAAGAGCUGCAAUGGCGACUGGAAGGCGUUGCAGAGCAAGGCCGGCAUCGAAGAGUCGGAGCUCACCCACUUCCUCGAGUACGCUGCCAUGUUCCUCGGCAACACAGGCAACUACAAGAGCUUUGGUGACUCCAAGUUCAUCCCCCGCUGCAAGCCCGAGAGUGUCGCGGCUCUGGCGUCAACCAGCCCGGAAGCCUCCAAGUUCUUUGAGGCCACCAAUGGAGCGAUCUUCAGCGCGGACAAUCCCUCCAUGUUGCACCUCGGUUUCCCUGACGCUGGCCACAUGACCACCUACUACCCCGAUUCGCCCCACAUCAAGCAGGCUGAGAUCGAGGCCGUGUCUUCAUGGAUGGAGAAGAAGGGUCUGCUGCCCGAGAACAACCGUCUGCGCAAGACCAAGGACGGCAAUUUCGAAAUCCUCAUUGCCUCGGCCAUCGUCGAGGCACCGGCUGAGGGAGGCGACAUUGGCAAAGAUACCGUCUUCACUGUGGAGGAUGGCUUGCUCAAGGGCAAGACCAUCACACUCGUGUACGGUGACUAUGCGGAGGAGAUGAAGAACAUCACAGCGUACAUCAAGCAGGCCGGCCAGAACGCCGACAACGAGACCCAAGAGAAAAUGCAUGCCGCUUACGCCAAGUCCUUUGAGACCGGAUCGCUGGAGGCCUUCAAGGACAGCCAGCGCUACUGGAUCAAGGACAAGGGCCCCAUGGUCGAAAGCAACAUUGGCUUCAUCGAGACGUACCGUGACCCUGCGGGCGUACGUGGUGAAUGGGAGGGCUUCGCAUCCAUGGUGAACCUGGAACGCACGCGCGCCUUUGGCGCUUUGGUCGAUGCUGCGCCCUCGCUCAUUCCCCUUCUCCCCUGGGGCGCGGAGUUUGAAAAGGACAAGUUUCUUUCUCCCGACUUUACCUCGCUCGAGGUAUUGACCUUUGGUGGAUCUGGUAUCCCCGCCGGUAUCAACAUUCCCAACUACGACGAUAUCCGCCAGACGGAAGGUUUCAAGAACGUUUCCCUCGGCAACGUCAUGAGCGCCAAGGCCCCCAAUGAGAAGAUCCCCUUUAUUCGCGAAGAGGAUCUCGAGGUCUACCAGAAGUACCGUGAUGCGUCCUUCGAGGUCCAGGUCGGUCUCCACGAGCUCACUGGCCACGGCUGCGGUAAGCUGCUCCAGGAGACGUCACCUGGCGUCUUCAAUUUUGACAAGGAGAACCCUCCCGUGAGCCCUGUCACCAACAAGCCCAUCACAACUUGGUACAAGCCUGGCCAGACCUGGGGCUCUGUGUUCGGCAGCAUUGCCGCCUCGUACGAGGAGUGCCGCGCUGAACUGGUCGCCAUGCACCUCAGCUGCGAGUUCCCCGUGCUCAAGAUUUUCGGCUUUGGCGACGGCAGCGUUGACAUCAAUGGUGAGGCGGGCGAUAUUCUGUACGCAUCCUAUCUCUCGAUGGCUCGCGCUGGUCUUGCCUCUCUGGAGAUGUGGGAUCCCAAGAGCCAGAAGUGGGGACAGGCGCACAGCCAGGCUCGCUUCUCCAUCCUCAAGUGCUUCCUCGAGGCCGAGGAUGACUUCUGCAAGCUGGACUACAAGGAGGCUGACAUGUCGGACCUGACCAUCAAGCUGGACCGCUCCAAGAUCCUGACCGCUGGCCGCGAUGCUGUCGGCAAGUACCUCCAGAAGCUCCACGUCUACAAGUCCACCGCCGAUGUGGAGACGGGCAACAAGUUCUACGUCGACAUGACGACUGUCGGGCUCGACUUCUGGGGUACUCAAGUCCGUGACCUGGUCCUCGCCAACAAGCAGCCCCGCAAGGUCUUUGUGCAGGCCAACACGACCCUCGAUGAGAGCACUGGCAAGGUCUCGCUCAAGCACUACGAUGCUUCGCUGGUCGGCAUCGUCGAGAGCUGGGCGGACAGGAAUCUGUAA